CAACUCAAUCUCAACUCUUGGGCUCGGUCAUCUCUCUCUCUCUCUCUCUCUCUCUGCUGUGUUAUUCACUGUGUAGUGCCUUCGUUACCCUUCGGGCGCUACUUCGUUGAAAUCCCGCAUCAGUUAAAACCCUAACUUCACCACCUGCGAGCAUAGGCACGCAGAACGACACGGGCGCUCACAUAUACGCCUAUUCUCAUUAUAUUCAGGCCAGAUCCGGUUGCGAAUGUCAUACACGUACAUAGGAAUAUAGUCAUUGACACAAAUAAGAAGAUGGAUCACCAUGAGGAUGAAUGCCGUGCUCGAGCUGAAAAUCAUAGCAAGCAAGAUGAUGAGGAAGCUGUUGCCCAUCUUGAGGAAAUUAAGAAAUCAAUGGAGGCAAAAAUGGCUCUUCGUCAAAGCAAUUUGAAUCCUGAAAGGCCUGAUUCAGGAUUUCUUAGGACAUUGGACUCCAGCAUUAAACGUAAUACGGCAGUUAUUAAAAAGCUAAAACAGAUAAAUGAAGAGCAGCGUGAAGGUCUGAUGGAAGAGUUGCGGAGUGUCAACCUAAGCAAAUUUGUCAGCGAAGCUGUUACAGCUAUUUGCGAUGCCAAGCUUAGAACAUCAGAUAUACAAGCAGCGGUGCAGAUCUGCUCUUUGCUUCAUCAAAGGUACAAAGAUUUCUCACCAAGCCUGAUUCAAGGACUAUUGAAGGUAUUUUUUCCUGGAAAGUCUGGGGAUGAUUUGGAUGCAGACAGGAACUUGAAGGCCAUGAAAAAGCGCAGCACACUGAAACUCCUUUCGGAACUUUACUUUGUUGGAGUUAUAGAAGACAGUGGCAUUUUCAUGAAUAUCAUUAAGGAUCUCACUAGCUUAGAACAUUUAAAGGACAGGGAUACUACUCAGACAAAUUUGACCCUUCUUGCUAGUUUUGCUCGACAAGGAAGAAUUUUCCUGGGACUUCCACUCUCUGGACAAGAGAUUCAUGAAGAGUUUUUCAAGGGCCUUAACGUCACAGCAGAUCAAAAGAAGUUCUUCAGGAAGGCAUUCCAUACAUAUUAUGAAGCUGCAGCUGAACUACUUCAGUCUGAGCAUGCUUCCCUCAAUCAAAUGGAGCAUGAAAAUGCUAAGAUCCUCAGUGCUAGAGGAGAGCUCAAUGAUGAAAAUGCCGCUUCAUAUGAAAAGCUACGAAAAUCUUAUGAUAUUUUGUACCGCAAUGUCUCAUCUUUAGCAGAAGCACUUGAUAUGCAGCCUCCAGCAAUGCCAGAGGAUGGUCACACAACUAGGGUUACUACUGGGGAGGGUGCUUCACCUCCUGCUUCUGGGAAAGAUUCUUCUGUUCUAGAAGCUAUAUGGGAUGAUGAAGAUACCAGGGCUUUCUAUGAAUGCUUACCUGAUCUUAGAGCAUUUGUACCAGCAGUAUUAUUGGGAGAAGCAGAUCCCAAAGCGAAUGAGCCAUCCAUGAAGAUGCAGGAGCAACAUACUGAACCGACACCUGAAUCAGACCAAGAUCAACAAGCCACCCAAGAUGCAGCAGAAGUUUCUUCAGACUCUGGUGCUUUGCAGGAGGGAAAAAGCAUAGACAAAGGAAAGGACAAGGAGGAAAAAGAUAAAGAAAAGAUUAAAGAUUCGGACAAAGAGAAAGGAAAAGAAAAGGAUGCAGAUAAAAAGGGAGAAAAUGAAAAGGAGAAACUAAAAGGUCUUGAAGGCACAAAUUUGGAGGCUUUAUUACAGAGGCUCCCAGGUUGCGUGAGCCGUGAUCUUAUCGAUCAACUGACUGUGGAAUUUUGUUAUUUAAAUUCAAAGUCAAAUCGGAAAAAACUUGUAAGGGGGUUGUUUAAUGUCCCACGGACAUCUCUGGAACUUCUACCGUACUACUCACGCAUGGUUGCCACACUGUCAACUUGUAUGAAGGAUGUCUCUUCCAUGCUUUUACAGAUGUUGGAGGAGGAAUUUAACUUUUUAAUUAAUAAAAAGGAUCAAAUGAACAUCGAAACAAAAAUAAGGAAUAUUAGGUUUAUUGGAGAACUCUGCAAGUUUAAAAUUGCACCUGCUGGCCUUGUUUUUAGCUGUUUGAAGGCUUGUCUAGAUGAUUUCACUCACCACAACAUUGAUGUUGCUUGCAAUCUUCUUGAGACAUGUGGCCGUUUUCUCUAUCGGUCACCUGAAACUACAAUACGGAUGGCUAACAUGUUGGAAAUAUUGAUGCGCUUGAAAAAUGUCAAAAAUCUGGAUCCUCGCCAUAGCACUCUUGUAGAAAAUGCUUACUACCUUUGCAAACCACCUGAAAGAUCUGCACGAGUCGCAAAAGUUCGUCCUCCAUUACAUCAGUAUAUUAGGAAAUUACUAUUUUCAGAUCUUGAUAAGACCACCAUUGAGCAUGUCCUGAGGCAACUUCGCAAAUUGCCAUGGAGUGAUUGUGAGCCAUACCUUUUAAAAUGCUUUAUGAAGGUUUACAAGGGGAAGUAUGGUCAGAUUCACUUAAUUGCUUCUCUCACUGCUGGUUUGAGUCGCUAUCAUGAUGAAUUUGCUGUGGCUGUUGUUGAUGAGGUUUUGGAGGAGAUUAGGGUGGGGCUAGAAUUAAAUGACUAUGGGAUGCAACAAAGACGCAUUGCCCACAUGCGAUUCUUAGGGGAGCUAUACAAUUAUGAGCAUGUAGAUUCAUCUGUUAUUUUUGACACACUUUAUUUGAUUCUUGUCUUCGGCCAUGGCACUCCAGAGCAAGAUUCACUAGAUCCACCAGAAGAUUGUUUCCGCAUCAGGAUGAUUACUACUCUUCUCGAAACCUGUGGGCACUACUUUGACAGAGGCUCUUCCAAGAGGAAACUUGAUAGAUUCUUAGUACAUUUCCAGAGGUAUAUUCUCAGCAAAGGUGCACUGCCUCUGGACAUUGAAUUUGACUUACAGGACUUAUUUGCUGAACUAAGGCCUAACAUGACUAGAUACUCUUCCGUUGAGGAAGCGAAUGCAGCUGUAAUAGAACUUGAGGAGCAUGAACAUAGUGUUUCUGCUGACAAGGCCAAUAGCGAGAAGUACUCUGACUCAGAAAAUCCUUCAAGCAGGACUACUUCCAAUGCCAACUCAGUGAAUGGAAAGAGCAUUGGGAAUGGCACCGAGGAAAAUGGUAGAGUGCAUGAAGACAUUGGGGACAGUGAUAGUGAUUCGGGGAGUGGCAGUAUAGAUCCUGAAGGACAUGAAGAGGAAGAGUUGGAUGAGGAGCAUCCUGAUGAUGGCUCUGAUAGUGAAGAUGAGGAUGAUGAUGACGGGGUUGGACCUGCUUCUGAUGAAGAUGAAGUUCACGUUAGGCAGAAAGUCACAGAGGUGGACCCACAGGAAGAAGCCAAUUUUAUGCAGGAGCUUAAGGCUGUAGUGCAGGAGAGCAUGGAACAGCGACGUCAAGAGUUGCGAGGUCGACCUGCAUUGAAUAUGAUGAUACCAAUGAAUGUGUUUGAGGGGUCCACGAAGGAUCAUCAUGGAAGGGGGGGUGUUGUCGGGGAGAGUGGUGAUGAGGCAUUAGAUGAGGAGGCCGGAGGAAGCAAGGAGGUUCAGGUGAAAGUUCUUGUGAAGCGUGGUAACAAGCAACAAACGAAGCAGAUGUACAUCCCUCGGGAUAGUUCACUCGUGCAGAGCACAAAACAGAAAGAAGCAGCUGAGCUUGAAGAGAAACAAGACAUCAAAAGGCUGGUACUGGAGUAUAAUGACAGAGAAGAAGAAGAGCUUAAUGGAUUGGGUACCCAAACAAUGAACUGGUCACAUGGUGCGGGCAACAGAGGUUCCAGCCGCGGCAACACUUGGGAUGGAACUGGUACUAGGGCUAGUGGAUCACGUCAUCGGCAUCAUAAUUACUCAGGCAGUGGACUCUAUUACAGCAGAAAAAAGUGAGAAUUUUGUGUCACAGUGCUACAAAGUUGGCACUCUUUUCAUGAGCUUCAAGAAUUCUGCAAAUGUGGUUCAUCGAUCACAAACAUCAUUCGAUGCUCCUAUGCAAUGGUGAAGAUCCCAUGCAUAUUUGUGCUAUCCUCAGCCUUUUUUCUCGAUAUAUAUGGCAAGGAUUAAAUCAGACUUCUUAUCAGAAGGUAGUGCUUGUGGGGAGUGAAGAUAUACACACACAAGAAAAAAAGAAAGAAAGAAAGAAAUGCCUGACUUAAAAAAAGCUGGGAUAUGAAGUUGCGGGUAUGAUUUGUGAAGUGUAGCGAUUUGAAAAUACCUUUGGAACUGUUCUGUAAUUACAUCUGAAGCAUCUUUGACCAAAAACUCCUGCGUUUGUAUAUUUGUGAAUAUGUAAGGGACUCGAUGUGACUAAUUUGCCGUGCUAUUGUUCUGAAGAGUAGUAAUACUAAUAUUAUAUAUGUAUGUAUGUAUGUAUGUAUGCA